UAUAUUAACCCUCUAUUUAAGAGUGUGAUGGAAAACUUUGAAAGAAGCUCUACAUCCCCGAUGUCUUCGAUUUUCACUCCGCCUACAAAAUCUGCUGGCACACCAAUACAACCUGCGAAUAAUACUGCAAGGAUUUCUACAAUGAGACCUCUUGCAACAGCAUAUAAGGCUUCCACUAGUGACUAUCAGGUGGUUUCUGACAGACAAACUCCAAGGAAAGAUGAAAGUAUCGUAUCUAAAGCAAUGGAAUAUGUUUUUGGCUGGUAAUACACAAGAGGGAGUAACACACUAAGCUGGUCAGGGUUUGAACUAUACUACUGGCACUUGUAGUUAGUUGUAUAACUACUGGUGGCAGUAUUUUAUCUUACAGAGCACCUGUUAUGCCUUCAGUUUAUUCAGAAGACAUGUAGCUUGCACUUUAAAUGAUGGCAGUGUACACAUGGUUUUACAAACUGAGUAAGUGUAAAUAAAAGUGCUUUUUCCCCA